GCUUCAGUUGCUUUUCAUUAUCCCAACAGCGGUAGGCCAAACUUGCAAAGCACCCCCAAUUGAGUACAACACGAGCUCAGCUCCUGUAAAGGACAAACUGAAUGUGCAUUUUGUGAUGCACAGCCAUGACGACGUUGGCUGGUUGAAGACCGUUGACCAGUACUUCUUAGGCACGAAUAGAGGGAUGGACCAGCAAAGUGGGGUGGGACAUGUGGACUGGACUUUAGACACAGUGGUCCAAAGCCUGGCGUUCAAUCCAGACCGCAAGUUUAUCCAAGUGGAACAGGCCUUCUUCCAAAUGUGGUGGCGACGCCAGACCCAGCGAACGCGCGCGCUCGUGCGGAGGCUGGUGGACGACGGCCAGCUGGAGUUUGUCAACGGCGGCUGGUGCAUGCACGACGAGGCGACCACUCACUUCGUCGACAUGAUUGAUCAGACCGCCCUGGGUCACCGCUACAUCAGAGAGCAGUUUGAGAAGUACCCCCGAGUCGGCUGGCAAAUCGACCCGUUUGGUCACUCAUCCGUUCAGGCAUCGCUUAUGACUGCGGAGAUGGGCUUUGAUGGCCUCUUCUUUGCCAGGGCUGACUACCAAGACAUUUACGAACGGCGGGCGAAUAAGAGCAUGGAAAUGGUCUGGCGCGCUUCUAAGUCCCUAGGAAAAACCGCGGAGACGUUUGCCGGCAUACUGCACGCCCACUAUAUGCCGCCCCCAACCUUCGACUUUGAAGACGUUGCCAGGACUCCCUCCAUCCAGACGACCCCUGUUUAG